AUGGGCAAGGCAGCCCACGAGUUGAAGGUCAAGGAGCGUUUCCGCGCAAACGCCAUCGACGAGCUCGUGCUCGGUUUCAAAGGAGCAAAACGAUCAACCUUUGGUAUCUACUCCGAGAGCCGAGCGAAAAUUGCUGCGAGCCCAACCUGCAACCUCUCGUACUCGCGGACGGACGACCAGCACGCCAGCCCAAUCCCAAUGGGCUGUGACGAAGAGCUUAUCGAUCUGCCCCAAGCGUUCUCGGGCGUCACCUUCCAGGGAAACCCCGGCUUCAUCCUAGGAGUCGAGAAACACAGAGCAAGAGAACGUCGUUGA